CAGCCCGGCGCCGGCAGCCGCCAACACUCCCACUGGGGCUCUCCAAACACCUCCUCCUCCCGUACACAUUGUAAACAGUAACGUGUUGUUGAACAUUGUACCGACGUCACAGAAUGGGACCGGUCCUCAGGCCAAACCCGGGACAGCCACAGUCACACAACUGGUCACCCAUCAGCCAACUGUCAUCAGUAGUUCAACUUGCACCCCCUCAACCACUAAAACAGACUCCAUAUCACAGUCCAAGAUAGUAUUACACAGUCAGUCUCAGCCCGUGGCAAUCAGUGUAUUAAACAACCCAACCUUUACUGCUCCUGUGAUGAACCCUUCCAAUAACCAGCCCCACUGUACAGUUACCAGCUCCAUCCUGGCAGCGAGCAGUCCUGUUUCUAUCAAUGCUAUGGUCAAGCCCGCAAUCACUGUGAUCACACAGCCUCAUGCCGGAGUGACUAAGGCGGGGACGGCUGCCCCCAUAACAGCCUCUCAGUCACAGCCUUCUCGUCCUGGGAUAGCAGCACCUCAGCGUGUCCUCACCCAACAGCUCAUAGUCAGGCCUCAGCAACAGCCAACAGUCCAGCUGGCUCCUGGGUUUACCAUCCCACCAGGUAUGAUUCUGGUUCGCACAGAAAGUGGGCAGCUUGUCAUGGUUCCCCAGCAAGCUUUAGCCCAGGCUCAGGCUCAAAGACCAGGAAACAUCUCUCCGAGGCCUUGUGCUCCCACAAGUGGGCCUACGUUCCGCCUGACAUCAACUCAGCAAUCCAUGACGCUCUCCUCAAUCCGGCCAGCAGCCCCAGUGCAAGCCAAGCUCAUCACACCCACUGCCACCCCCCUCAGUGCCGGCUCCGCCACCGUUACCAUGGUGACACGCUCCCCCAUUUGUGUUAGCAGCAGCAGCCCACAGACAGUAUACACCACGGCCGUGGCAGGUGUCACUGGCCACCACAUGUCUGUCCAGCAGACUCCAGCACAGCAGCCCAGCAUCGCUGGAGGCCAACCCCAGGCUUCACCUCGGACUCCGCUUCAGCCCCAGCCUGCAACCAAACUACACACACAGGUCCACCUACAACCCCAGGUGGUCCCAAGCUCCCCACUGGCAGGAACAGCUGCUGUAGCACAGAUCCCGUCAGUGUCGCAGUCUCUUCCUCUGGUGCGAGGAGGGCAGGAGAUUCAGGAGAACGUGAAGAAAUGCAAGAACUUCCUGGCCACCCUGAUCAAGCUGGCAUCACACAGUGGCCAAUCGGCUGAUACCUCCCGCAACGUCAAGGGCCUUGUCCAGGACCUGUUGGAUGCCAAGAUUGAACCGGAGGAAUUUACAAACAGGCUUCAGUCUGAGCUCAAGUCAUCCCCACAGCCAUACUUGGUGCCUUUUCUGAAGAAAAGUUUACCAGCCUUGAGGCAAUCUCUUGCUCACAACCAGCAGUCUAUCCUCCAAGUGCAUACACCGGCCACAGCUCCCUCACAGGCCACGUCCACCCCGCUGUCCACAGGAACCAUCACCGCUAUUGUGGCCGGACCCACCGUGCGUCUGCGGCAACCUACCACCGUGGCCGUGACUCCCACCCAGAUCAGCCUGACACCAGGACGGAGCUCACAUCUGAUUGUGCAAUCCCCAACCCAGACAGUAAAGAGGCAAAGUGUUAGUCCUGGGGCUCAGGUCAGGAUGCCAAUGAUGAUUACGCCGUCCAUCAGACCAGUGGGGAAGACAUGGCCGGGGAGCAAGAGCACAGCAAGUGUCACGCUUGCUGUCUCGGCGACUCAGAGGAUCAAACACACCGACCCUGGAGGUGGCGCCUUCAAGGACGACGAUGACAUUAACGAUGUUGCCUCGAUGGCCGGUGUUAAUCUCAGUGAGGAGAGCGCCCGGAUCCUGGUCACCAACUCCAGCUUGGUGGGAGCGUGCGUCCACUCCUGCAAGGACGAGGCCUUUCUAGCCAGUGGGCCCCUGCAUAGACGCAUGCUGGAAACGGCUAAAAGGUUUGGGAUCUCAGACAUUCCAGUCGACAUAGUGAACACGGUCUCUCACGCAACGCAGGAACGGUUAAAAACGGUCAUCGGAAAAUUAACAUCAAUUGCACAGCACAGGAUGGAAGUGCACAAGGACGAGGAAUGGUAUGAACAAGCGACAGAUGUUCGGACACAGCUGAAAUUCUUUGAACAGCUGGAGCGGCUCGAAAAGCAAAGGAAGGAUGAUCUGGAGCGGGAGAUCCUAUUAAAGGCAGCCAAGAGCCGCUCCAGGCAAGAAGACCCUGAGCAGGCCCGGCUGAAGCAGAAAGCGAAGGAGAUGCAGCAACAGGAGCUGGCACAGAUGAGGCAACGAGAUGCCAACGUGACUGCACUCGCUGCCAUUGGGCCACGCAAGAAACGUAAGCUGGACUUCCCUGGCCAGGCGGGUGCUGGGGUGACCACAGAGAGUGAGAACGCUGCCUCCACACCAGGGCUUCAGGCUGGACCCGGGGCCUCGGCUGGCCGUCAGUACACCCGCCAGCGAGUUACACGCGUGAACCUCAGGGACUUAAUCUUCUACAUGGAACAGGAGCCAGAGACGUCCCACUCGCUCACACUGUACCGAGCUCUGCUGAAAUGAGGGGCAGGAGAGCUACCUGCACCCCCACCUCCAGCCUGUGCCUUUUUAAUCUUUAUUCAUUUAGUUACAAAACAUGUUUACUCUCAUCAUACCUCAUCUUUUAUAACUUUAGAUACCUCCAACUGAUCGUCCACACCCAGUGUUUAAUCAUCAUUUGUGUCAGAUCUCACGUUUGUGAGAGGGGGGUUGUGGGGGGGCUGCCCCCUACCCUCACAUGCCCCCAAUAUUCCUGUCGGAGUCUUGAUGUUGAUGUAAGUUUGCGGAGCAGCCCGUGCUCAGGACAAGGGAACGAACGACUGUAAUUUGUUCUUUAUUGUAUUUGUAUCUUUAUUUAACGUUUUCUUUUAUACGCUGACUGUCCAGUGUAACGUUCAGGGAGCUUUGCCGGGCGGUCCCAUUGUCUUCCUGAGGUCGCUGGCUCUCACAGUCUCACCAGUGAGUAUUUGGGGGGAGGAGAGGGAUGGGGAUGUAGAAGAACACCUUUAAUUUGGAAGGUGGGUGGGGGAGGAAGACUAGCCCUCUGAGCUCCCCAGAGCUGUACUUUGCCAUGAGAAAACAGCACCCUUUAUUGCUGAGUGUGAAGUGGGCCUGACUAUGUGAGGGACCUGGAAGCAGGUCAGACGCGUACUCACUGGCUCUCACCCCACGGGCUGGGCUGGGUCUCAGAUUGACUCCUGGCUCCAGGUCUGAGCUGGGGGGGGGUGGGGGGGAGGGCAGGAGUCACAGGGGAGGGGAGAGUUGGGGGAGGGGCUGGGACAGAAACAAAGCACAAAUGAUUUCUCAAUCAAUUUUUAAAAAAGUUUUAAUUUUUUAUGGUUCUUAAAGAACGAGCAAAAGUAUAUUUGCACUUGAUCUGCUGCCAAACUCUUAUUUAAGACGGUGUUUUAUGUGAACAGGCGAGCGAGUGAUCAUGUAGGAAAGAAAGGAGAUGGUUUUUAAGUGUCUCGCUAAUGUGUACAUAGUGUUUACAAAGCCCGCUGGUUAUUAGAAUGACCUUAUUUUUGGUAACGAAACUCUGUACAUACGGUCCAGCUGGGACUGCAGCACCGCGACUACAGAAACUCGCGACUUUGUACUUAUUUUGUAAAGAAGUAAAAGCGUCUGUUUUAUUAAACUUUCCCGCGAUCUCC